UUUUAACUAUGCCUCGACAUUACGUUAAUUUCUAGACUUUCUAAAAGUUCUUUUCUAUAAUCCUUCCCUGGCCUGUUGGUUUCGCUGUUGGAAAGGACGCCGACCUUUCGCCACUUCUGUCGCUCGGGCUCACGACUUCGUCGUGAAGAUUGCCCUCUCGCUUCGCUCGAGGGAGAUGAAUAAGAGAAGAUUAGGCAAAGGUCGACUUGUGGCAAGUCUAGUUAAUAUCCCCAACGGUUGUACUGAUGAUACCGUAAGUCUUAACGAGAGCUAUAUCAGGAAGGGUUAAAUUCCUCCUUUGUCUGAAACUGGCUAACAAAGGCACCCCAACACCAUAAUCAAAAUAAUCACAAAAAACACAAAAAUGAGUAUGCUAUAUUAUGUUUCCACUGCUAUCGUACUUUCAUAUCCUUUUUAAAGAUGCAAAUAAAAGUUUAAUUGUUGUUAUUGUUUUACUCUUAGCUGUGCCAGAACCUGUCGCCUUCUACCCCUUGAAUGAACGCUAUAAAGCCGCAGAAAAAGAGAACAGGCAGCCAAAGGGAAUCGUGGGGGAUGUUGCGAUAACAAACGGACCCUACAACGAACCAGGCGGAGCUUACAUGUUUUAUGGCAUUGUUAGCAGCUACAUCGAGUUCCCGAAUAAAGGGGGCCUGGACACUCGGUUCUCAAUUACAUUGAUGUGCUGGGUUCAACCCGGAGGCCAAGAUGGACCAUUAUUCAGUUACGGAAAAGAUGGCGGUGGGAUCCAGUUAUGGAUUGAGACGGGCAGAUUCAAACUAAUAAACAUCAGAAACAAUGGUCAAGCUCAUAGUAUAGCGUCAAGUGACGCUCUUCCAGCAGGAGCGUGGGCUCGUGUUGCGGCAGUUUACGAUUAUGACACCGGACUCAACUCUCUUUAUAUCAAUGGACAUUUAAAUAAGUCGGAAAACAUUGGUACAGGUUAUGAGAUUUCAACCAACGCCGAGGAAGUUCGAAUGGGGGCUAGAGAUGACGAUGCAAGAUAUUUCAAAGGAAUAAUCACGGAAAUGAAAGUUUACGAUGUUGCACUGAACGAAGCCCAGAUAAAGCAAAUUAUAAAUCAAGUGCCUACAAUAACGAAACCUGGUCAACCGACGGAGGGCAACCCCAGUUCCAAUGAAACGAUAAUUUUCAUCUCAUCUGGCAGCAUGGCUUUUAUUCUGUUACUUGUGUCAUCUUUCGCUCUAGGCUUCAUCUGCUACAGAAGGUUACAUCGCAAGCGAAUAGACAGGUUAUAUGUUGUCAUUAUUAUCUCACUGCUUACCACGAAGCGUGAUGAAUUCAUCGAUUAGUAAGUACACCAACACAGGAAAGAUUCUCAGAGUAUGUUGCAGGUAGAAGGUAACAACAGCUGAGUAAUUACAAGUUCCUUAUCAAACUGGCAUUUUCGCGCGAAGUGGAAAAUGAACUUAUUAGCACUUAAAGGAACAUUACCUCCCGGGGGGACUCCCACAUGAAAAGGACGGGGGUGCUCGUCGUACCUUUUAGGGGUCAA